AUGGCAGUCCCCAAUUCUAUCUGCGUGGGCAUCGAGUUGGAGUUUAUGGUUGCACUGCAGAUCCCAAAUUCCGACGUUGUGGUUGGUGAGACUCGAUGGGCUUGUGCUUCAUCGACAGCAACCUACCAAGCCCUCGUGAUGGGCGAUUAUAGAAACAUCCAGCCCUCUUGUAUCCACAAGGUAUGCGAAUCGAUCGCCAGCAGCGGCAUCCCCGCCUCGUGCAACCUCAACUCGCCGUCAUCCAGCCCUGCCCAAAUCCCUGGCACUGCAGUUCUUCCGCUCACUGAUAACAGCGGACACGUUCGAGUUUGGGGCCAAGGGGAUAUGACAGGACCAGUAUCAAAAUGCGACUUUUGGUUCAUCGUUCCAGAGCACCAUAUCACCAAAGACUGCGUUAGUAAGUCUGGAAAGACACCUUCUGACAAAUACGACUGGUUCGGAACUGAACUCAACAGCCCGAUACUCGUUCGUCCUGAAGAGUUCAGUCAGGGGCUCCCCACUCUCAGAAAUUGUCUUGCGACAGUCCAAAACAAUAUGGUAGUUGGACUCAAUUCUGGUUGUGGAUUGCAUCUUCACGUCAACGACGCAGGGCACAUGAAGCUGCAGACAGCAUUGCGGGUUGCAUCUCUAGUUUGGCUGCUGGAAGAUGCUUUGCUAUAUCCUUUAUGCCAUCCAUUUCGUUCAACGUCUCCCUACUCGGCGCGUGUCAGUGUUGAAUCAAGAAUCGCCAAUGAGAACGAUGAGCCGAUUGUGUAUGGAGAAGGCGCUGCACUCGUUCAAUCCCUCGAGAAACUCAUGAAACAGUAUCGUUUGCGUAAGAAAGUCGAUGAAAGACUGGUCGGAGCCAUGAAGCGGUUGUGGUCAGAGAGCAGCCUCACCAGCCUAGGCAUGGGCCUCCGUAAGUUCAAGGAAGGCUCGCAACACACAACAACUCGUUGUGCCCUCGUGGUUUCCAAGUACGACACUGUCGAAUUUCGAUAUCCCGAGUCAACGUUCGAUGUUGACUUCAUCUCGGGCUGGGCUGACCUGGUGCGACACUUGUACGCGGUUGCCAUGAAACCACAGGCAGAAUUCCUUCAAAUAAUCUGUCGCGUCUAUGAACUGGUGACUCAGAAUCAGAUGCACGGAUGGGUCACGAUGAUGGGGGCGAUUGGUUUCCAGACGGAUGUCAACCGUUGGCAGCGACGCCUGGAUCAGUACCGCAACACUCUGAGCAACCUUGACAAGCAGGGCAUUUUGCCAAAGAAUGGGUCGUAA